CCUCUCUGACUGCACCGUCCCGCCGCUGCUGCCGCCGCCGCACCCAAGCCAAGUAGAGCGAGGGCGGUCCCACCGACGGCGCAGCCCUCGGGCCCGCCCGGGACCAGGAGGUGAGCCGCGCGCUCACUGCUCUGCGCUCCCGCCCGCCCGAGCGCCCGCCAGGUGCCCCCGCCGCCCGCCGCCGAGAUGCACAGCCCGCUGAGGCUCCUGACGCUGUGGCUUUGCGCUGUGCUGUGCGCCUCGGUGCUUGCAGGCAGCGACCCCCAGCCUGGCCCAGGGCGUCCCGCCUGUCCUACUCCCUGCCAUUGCCAGGAGGAUGGCAUCAUGUUGUCAGCUGACUGCUCCGAGCUUGGGCUCUCAGUGGUGCCAGGGGACCUGGACCCCCUGACGGCUUACCUAGACCUCAGUAUGAACAACCUCACGGAGCUUCAGCCCGGUCUCUUCCGCCACCUGCGCUUCCUGGAGGAGCUGCGCCUCUCCGGGAACCAUCUCUCACACAUCCCGGGACAGGCGUUCUCCGGCCUCCACAGCCUGAAGAUUCUGAUGCUGCAGAGCAACCAGCUCCGAGGGAUCCCGGCAGAGGCAUUGUGGGAGCUGCCCAGCCUGCAGUCGCUGCGCCUGGAUGCCAACCUCAUCUCACUGGUCCCCGAGAGGAGCUUUGAGGGGCUGUCCUCUCUCCGCCACCUCUGGUUGGAUGACAAUGCACUCACCGAGAUCCCUGUCAGAGCCCUCAACAACCUGCCUGCCCUCCAGGCCAUGACGCUGGCUCUCAACCACAUCCACCACAUCCCUGACUAUGCUUUCCAGAACCUCACCAGCCUGGUGGUGCUGCAUCUGCAUAACAACCACAUCCAGCAUGUGGGGACCCACAGCUUCGAGGGGCUGCACAAUCUGGAGACACUAGACCUGAACUAUAAUGAGCUGCAGGAAUUCCCCGUGGCCAUCCGGACCCUUGGCAGGCUGCAGGAACUGGGUUUCCACAACAACAACAUCAAGGCUAUCCCAGAGAAGGCCUUCAUGGGCAACCCCCUCCUGCAGACAAUACAUUUUUAUGACAACCCAAUCCAGUUUGUGGGAAGGUCGGCGUUCCAGUACCUGUCUAAACUGCACACGCUAUCCUUGAAUGGGGCCACUGACAUCCAGGAGUUCCCGGACCUCAAAGGCACCACUAGCCUGGAGAUCUUGACCCUGACCCGUGCAGGCAUCCGGCUGCUCCCCCCGGGAAUGUGCCAGCAGCUGCCCAGGCUCCGAAUCCUGGAGCUGUCUCACAAUCAAAUUGAAGAGCUGCCCAGCCUGCACAGGUGUCAGAAGUUAGAGGAAAUUGGCCUCCAACACAACCGGAUCUGGAGAAUUGGUGCCGAUACCUUCAGCCAUCUGAGUUCCUUACAAGCUCUAGACCUGAGCUGGAACGCCAUCCGUGCCAUCCACCCUGAGGCCUUCUCAACCCUGCACUCCUUGGUUAAGCUGGACCUGUCCGACAACCAGCUGACCACGCUGCCCCUGGCCGGGCUGGGAGGCCUGAUGCACCUGAAGCUCAAAGGGAACUUGGCCCUGUCUCAGGCCUUCUCCAAGGACAGUUUCCCAAAACUGAGGAUCCUGGAGGUGCCCUAUGCCUACCAGUGCUGCGCCUAUGGCAUCUGUGCCAGCUUCUUCAAGACCUCUGCGCAGUGGCAGGCUGAGAACUUUCACCUGGAGGAAGACGAGGCACCGAAGAGGCCCCUGGGUCUCCUUGCUGGACAAGCUGAGAACCACUAUGACCUAGACCUGGAUGAGCUCCAGCUGGACAUGGAAGACUCAAAGCCACACCCCAGUGUCCAGUGCAGCCCUGUUCCAGGUCCCUUCAAGCCCUGCGAGCAUCUCUUUGAGAGCUGGGGCAUCCGCCUUGCGGUGUGGGCCAUCGUGCUGCUCUCGGUACUCUGUAACGGGCUGGUGCUGCUGACAGUCUUUGCCGGCGGGCCCAGCCCGCUGUCCCCAGUCAAGCUUGUGGUAGGUGCAAUCGCAGGCGCCAACGCCUUGACGGGCAUUUCCUGCGGUCUCCUGGCCUCGGUGGACGCCUUGACCUUCGGCCAGUUCGCCAAGUACGGAGCCCGCUGGGAGACCGGGCUAGGCUGCCAGGCUACGGGCUUCCUGGCCGUCCUGGGGUCGGAGGCGUCGGUGCUGCUGCUCACCCUGGCCGCGGUGCAGUGCAGCAUCUCUGUGACCUGCGUCCGGGCCUACGGAAAGGCGCCGUCGCCAGGCAGCGUCCGCGCAGGCGCGCUGGGGUGCUUGGCGCUGGCCGGACUGGCGGCCGCGCUGCCACUGGCCUCGGUGGGGGAGUAUGGAGCCUCGCCGCUCUGCCUGCCCUACGCCCCGCCCGAGGGCCGGCCAGCCGCCCUGGGCUUUGCGGUGGCCCUGGUGAUGAUGAACUCACUCUGUUUCCUCGUCGUGGCUGGCGCCUACAUCAAGCUCUACUGCGACCUGCCGCGGGGCGACUUUGAGGCCGUGUGGGACUGUGCCAUGGUGCGGCACGUGGCCUGGCUCAUCUUCACAGAUGGCCUCCUCUACUGCCCCGUGGCCUUCCUCAGCUUUGCCUCCAUGCUGGGCCUCUUCCCGGUCACCCCCGAGGCUGUCAAGUCUGUCCUCCUGGUGGUGCUGCCUUUGCCUGCCUGCCUCAACCCACUGCUCUACCUGCUCUUCAACCCUCACUUCCGGGAUGACCUUCGGAGGCUCCGGCCAAACCCUCGGUCCGCGGGGCCCCUGGCCUAUGCUGCAGCCGCUGAGCUGGAGAAGAGCUCCUGCGACUCCACCCAAGCGCUGGUGGCCUUCUCGGAUGUGGAUCUUAUUCUGGAAGCUUCUGAGGCUGGGCAGCCUCCUGGGCUAGAGACCUAUGGCUUCCCCUCAGUGACCCUCAUCUCCCGUCAGCAGCCAGGGGACACCAGGCUGGAGGGAAACCAUUUUGUAGAGCCUGACGGAACCCAGUUUGGGAACCCACAAUCUCCCGUGAAUGGAGAACUGCUGCUGAGGGCUGAGGGAACCACCACGUUGGCAGGCCGUGGCUCUGCAGCAGGUGGAGUCUUCUGGCCCUCCGGCUCUCUCUUUGCCUCUCACUUGUAAAUAUCCCUCCCCAUUUGUCCUCUCCCCUCUCAAUUUUACAUAUAUAUAUAUAUAUAUAUAUAUCCCAGCAGGAUGGCCAACCGCCCCUGGUGCCAUUGUUCUCUCUCCGUGGCCUUAACCAGUGAAUGCUUCCAGGUCUUGUUUUGACUUGGCCUCUUCAGCUUCACUCUCAGCCUGGGUCUUCCCUGUCAAAUCUAGUCUGUAGACUACAGACCUGGAAAUUUGCUUAGGAGAAAGGAGGAAAGUAAAAUAUAGUACAGUGGGGAUAGGACCAUGAUCAGGCACAGAGACGGGCAUGGAAGAGAACCACCAAAGACACGGGAGUGUCUCCUCUAUGACUUGUGGAUGGGAUAUAAAAUGUGUUGUGUCCCAUUGCUUUUGACCUAUGCCAUACAAAAGCACUUCCUGUUCAGAUAUGCUAUGGAAGACAUUGCAUAUCAUGUCCCUGUCUUAGCGUCAUGGGGUCAUGUUAGUGUCUAAAAGGUCCUGAGAUUUAGAACCUUUUAACUUAAUUACUGCAGCAGUUAAACUUUUUUUUGACAGGUUUCUGUUUGCGUUUCCUGAAAUACUUACAAAUAUCUCACAGAACUUAGCUCGGUUUUAUCCCAGGGGGCUCAUCUUUACACCAGGGAGCGCUACCCAGUGACAUCACAAGAUGCUGCCCUCCUUGAAUGCCUCUAAGAAGCCAACCUGGGGUAAAACGCCUGAAGUUACUAACGAUUCCACCGUCUAGGAGAGACUCUUCACACUCUGCUGCCCACGCUCCUCCUCCUACCAGGCCAGAGACCUGGAGGAACUUGCCUCAGCCCCUCAAGGUGGGGCAGGAAGAAAGAGACCCUUGUGUGUGCUCCCAUACCACACGACCCAAGUACCAAUGAAAUUUCUGCUCUCAGCAAGACACAGUUCUCAGGUUCCGGCAAAGUACACACUGGGAAGUCUGCAGUUCUAUGGGCUCUCCCUUACUCGAUGUUACCUUUGGAUGGUUUUACAUUGUUUGCCUACUGCCACAGCCUGGACCUCUCUUCUCAUCCCAGUCCUGUUCCUGGCAGUGGUGGGCAACCCACGAUAUUCAUGUUGUGGGUAUUUCAAGGGAGUAUUGUAGCUAUCUGGGACUCCUGGGUGCGGUUAAGUGACUACGGAGUGCCUCCCGCUCCAAUCCAAACACAAGCAUUCAGUCUCAGGGGAGAAGGUAAGAAGUGGGAGAAUUAAAGCCUCAGGAUUAAGUGAUUAUUGCUCCUGGGAACCCCCAAUAUCUUUUAUAUUGAUAAGACUGAGUGUGGAUCCUGAGGCCCAAUGGAGCUCCAUCCCCGCCUGAAUCCUGCUGUGAUCCUUAGCCGAGUCCUCCAAGAUCUCCACCUGUAAAUCAAGCUGAGAGGUCCUGCUCUUAAGUUUACUACUUCUCUUUCCAUAGCUUAGCUUCUUUGCUCUCUCCCUCUGCCCCCUCCAGUGCCCAGAUUCUGGCAUAGGUCAACAAGUGGGGUGAGGGGAAGAGUCAACCAGAGGCCUUGCAUGGAGACUGAAGCGUUUCUAAAUCCCACAUGACUCACUAAGUAGCCCCUGGAUUCUUGAAGACUCUGAAGCAGAAAAAGCUACUUUAUAAUUUCUUGGAGUGCUCUCAUGGGGUCAGUUUCACUAACGAUGGCACCUUUAUUUAUCAAUUGUUUCAGGGUGCCUGAUCUCUUUAUUUCCCCAGGAUGACCAAGAACCCUUGGUGGGAAAGGUUUUUUUUUUUUUUCCUGAUACUAGGUGGUCCUCUGAAAUUCCUCAAGGAUGGCAAAAAUUGGUAUUAUUUUGGGAAACCUUGACUUCUAGAAAGUCACCCUAGAUUUUGUUCUGUCACCACCACUAUGGGAUCACUGGUCCCUUUGGAGUUAAGGAACCAGCCUUGAGGAAGAGUAGAGUGUCCAUAUGUUGGUGGUUGGGAAUAUAGGAAUUGUUUCUUGAAGAUGUCCUCUAUGAAAGUGAGCCAGUCCUUUUGGGCUGCAAGCUAUAUGUGUCACUGCUGUCACCUUACUGUCUGCUUCUAAAGAUGUGAGCAUCAGCCAAAGCUGGACUUUCCAAUAAAGAAGAGGCAAGGGAGAUAGAUGGAAACUGAAGGUGUCCUCAGUAACAUUCGAAAUGUCUAGUGAGGAGUGGUGGUGCUUACCUGUAAUCCCAGCAUGUGGGAUGUGGAGUUGAGGUCAUCCUCAGCUACAUGGUGAGUUUGAGGCUAUCCUAGGCUACAUGAGACUGUCUCAAAACAAACAAACAAACAAACCCAAAAUCCUAGUUUAUGCAUAUUUACCACAAAUAUGAUCGAGUAGUAAAGUUUCUUUGGGCUUUGAUUUGGGCUAAAUUUCUAGCCUGUCAAUAUGUUACUCCUUCGGUUCUCUCCAUGUAUCUUCUCCUAAGCAAAUUCCCAGAUCUCCGUUUUACAAUGUUUAGAUUUGACAGGAAAGACCAUGUGUCCUCAAUUCCUCACAGAAUGGAAAAUUAAACUGUUCAGAGCACGUGAAUCCUCUGCUGUUGUUGUGAACACAAUCUUCCCAAUAGUUCCAUGGGAAAGAAUCCACUCCAGGGGCUAAGACGUUGUUA